AAUGCUUUUUUUUUUUUUUUUUUUUUUUUUUUGGAACGAGCUGAUCAAGGUCUUCGUUAUGAAUAUAUCAUGAAUGCAGUCCGGGGAGCUACUUCACCAGAGUCUUACAGUGUUGAGCAUGUUGAGAAGGGUUUUUUUCUUUUUUCUUUUUUUCUUCACCGAGCAGCAGACUGUCAGAGGGGGGCGGAGUGAAGCGCAGCUGACAUCUCCAGACUCCGGUCCUGACUGGUGCACAAGGACGCGGCGUGUCAAGUGGGCAGGUAACGGUUAACUUCGGCACAAGUGGGGGAAAAAUAUGUCGAACUAAACAAAAGUCGGGGGAGAGCGAGCUGGAUUUCCUGAGCACAUUCAAACUGUAUUAACGGGAUUAUUUGUUGGCGAGAGGAGAGGCGAGAGAAAAAAUUAAAAGAUAUGUAGGAGCCGUGCGUAAAAAAAAAAAAAAAAUCCACAAGAUUCCUCUGAGGGGGGGUUCGAUCGUCGACUGGUGCCAAAGGAGUGCGACUCGAGGAGCAGCUUAUUCAUGCAAAUUCAUAAAAUCAUAGGCGUGCCUUUGAGCGAUGGAGUCACAGCCGGAAAAGCAAACCCCCUCUUGGAUCAUCAGCGACCUUCAAAGACUGAUGCGCAGCGCUCGGACGCACUGACGGCGGCACCGGGGCGAAUGUUUUAAAAGGACGGAGGGAGAGAAAAGAGAGGAGAAAGUUCCGACUCGUUUUCUACACGCUUCCACACAACCACCAGCUCGACUGCUGCGCCACCGGACCUCCAACCACAGGCGUAUUGCGCAAAUCUGCGACUGUAAAUCACUUUUCUGCCUCGGGGUCGUUUAUAUAUAUAUAUAAAAAUAUAUUUUGAUUUUGUUUUUGUUUAUUUACAGUCAAUUCGGACCACUUUUUUUUUCCUACAGAGAACCCUGCUCUGGAUGAAGUUUUUGUCUCCCAACUAUAUCGAACGCGUAAAAGACGCGUCCACCGACCUGCUCCUACUUUGAGGAAGAAAGAAAAGAAAAGAAAACGUAUUUAUUUCGAAUUUUUGAAUUUUCCAUUUUUUUGAGGACUUUUUUUUUCUGCACCAUGUCAGAGGACGACAGUGGCUCCACCGCCAGCUGCGUGUCAGACACGGAGGGCAGCAACGUGAGCGUCCUCAGCUGGGAGCAAGUGCAGCGGCUGGACGCCAUCCUGACGGAGACCAUCCCGAUCCACGGCCGGGGGAACUUCCCCACCCUGGAGAUGCAGCCGCGGCAGAUCGUCAAGGUGGUGCGGAGUCGGAUGGAGGAGAAGCAGAUCCACGUCCGGGACGUGCGGUUAAACGGCUCCGCGGCCAGCCACAUUCUGCACGAGGACAGCGGACUGGGCUUUAAGGACCUUGACCUCAUAUUUUGCGCAGACAUGAAAGGUGAAAGUGAUUUCCAGACUGUGAAGGACAUAGUGUUGGACUGUCUGCUGGACUUUUUACCCGACUGUGUGAAUAAAGAGAAAAUAACGCCGUUAACGUUAAAGGAAGCCUAUGUGCAGAAGAUGGUGAAGGUGUGCAACGACUCGGACCGCUGGAGCCUCAUCUCCCUCUCCAACAACAGGGGCAAGAACGUGGAGCUGAAGUUCGUGGACUCUCUCCGGAGGCAGUUUGAGUUCAGCGUGGACUCGUUUCAGAUCAAGCUGGACUCCCUGCUGCUCUUCUACGAGUGCUCGGAGAACCCGAUGGCCGAGACCUUCCACCCCACCAUCAUGGGCGAGAGUGUGUACGGGGACUUCGGCGAGGCCCUGGACCACCUGCGCCACAAGGUCAUCUGCACCCGGAACCCGGAGGAGAUCCGGGGCGGGGGCCUGCUCAAGUACUGUCACCUGCUGGUGAGGGGCUUCCGGGCCGCCUCCGAGUCGGAGAUGAAGUCCCUGCAGCGCUACAUGUGCUCCCGCUUCUUCAUCGACUUCCCCGACAUCGGCGAGCAGCAGCGCAAGCUGGAGUCCUACCUGCAGAACCACUUCGUGGGCCUGGAGGACCGCAAGUACGACUACCUGAUGACCCUGCACGGGGUGGUCAACGAGAGUACGGUGUGCCUGAUGGGACACGAGAGGCGGCAGACCUUGGGGCUCAUAGCCAUGCUGGCGGUGCGAGUCCUGGCCGAGCAGAACGUCAUCCCCAACGUGGCUAACGUGACCUGCUACUACCAGCCUGCUCCUUACGUGGCAGACGGUAACUUCAGUAACUACUACAUAGCGCAGGUACAGCCGGUGUUCGCCUGCCAGCAGCCCGCAUACUCCACCUGGCUGCCCUGUAACUGAGCCAGGCACCGCGGAGAGGAGGAGGGAGACAGUCCGCUUCAGUAAACAGGAGCGAGCCUCAGACCUGCCUGGUGUGUGACAGCCGGCGGGAAGAAAAAAAAAAAAAAAGGAGUCUUCUUUUUUUUUUCUUUUCUUUUUCAAAAAAGCUUGCGUUUUUGUGUUCACGUGCCGAGUGUGAACGGUUGGCUUGUAUGUGUUUCAAUGUGAAAUUAUCUCACAUUUGUUAAAAAAAAAUAAAAAUAUGCCAACAUCUUCUGAUCCUGCCCCAGGUCAGCCAGGAUUUGGAGGAAAAAAAAAAAAAAGACACAUUUUUUUGGGGAGCUUGGAAAUCAUCCAAAAAGACUGAAAGCAAGCAGCAGAACUGUCAUCCAGAACCCGACCCGACCUGUCGAGAACUGAUUAGCCAGCACGUUUCAGCUGCACACCAAACAGCUGCAUCAGUUGAAGUUGACAGCUACUCCACACACACACACACACACACACACACACACACACACACACACAGACACGCACGCUCCAGAUGAAAUCAGAGGUGUGUGUGCCUGCGCUCUGUUCUGACAUCAGCUGAACUUGAGGUGAGGUGGAACCAGCUUGGAUAACAAACUGGCCUCUCCGCCGUUCAUUUGGAUAUAAUUAUGGUUGUUUACAGACCAAAGAUAUUAUUAAUUUUUUUUUUCUCGAUUGUUUCUAACAUUAAAACCCAAUUUUGAUGGGGGUAAAGUUAAAAAAAACAAAACAAACAACAACAACAACAUAUGAAGCUAUGUCUAUUUGUAUAUGUGAACAUAUGUGUGUUUUAAAAAAAAAAAAGUGCCUAAUGCCUCUCAGCGGGCAGAGACGAGUAUGAGCAGGAUACGCGUUCUUUUUUUUUUUUCUGGGUGAAUCAGCCCCACCGCUCUGUUUACACACAGGACAACAGCACCCAGAGGCUUGUGAAUGUAUACACAGAAAAAAACAAAACAAAACAAAACAUGAACAGUCGGUGUUUGUUUGGAUGGGGGGAAAAAAAGAGCCCUGUGUGGAUUGUGCAGCCAAGCAGCAAGUCGAACAUGUGAUUGACGAUUUUGAUACAAGAUUCACUUUUUUUGGGGGGGGGGGGGUAUAUUUGGCCAACACAUUUGAUCCAAAUGAAUGCUGGUAUUGAUUAUUUGUUAGGAUGAAAAGGAGGGCAAGCAUCUUGAGAUCAUCAGCAACAGAGAAAAAAAAAACUAACUCACACAAAAGUUUACUGUAUAUUCUGUACAGUGGUGCUUCAUUUUCUCUCAUCUCAGAGAGAGAGAGAGAAAAAAAAACGUAAAUCAAGAAAUAGAUAAGAGACAGAGAGAGAGAGAGAGAGAGAGAGAGAGAGGGGGGCCCGACACAGAGCCGGUGUGUGCUUCCUCCUACAGUGGAAGGGUAUUUACCGAGACACCUCAGAUGAUGAGACACUAUUUGCUGUAGCACCCUGGCAGGGAAUUCCUCAGCUGCUGCUGAAGAGCUUGAACUGAGCUGGGGUUGGGGGCUGCAGACGCUCUGUUCAGGGCUCCUGAAGACGUCGUGCCAAACAGUUUCUGGUGGCUCCUCUGACAGCCCUGAAGUACGAAAGAGGCGAUUCAUUGACGGAGGUAAAAAGAAAGAAAAAAGGAGAAAAAAAAGGUGCUGAUAUGGGAGGAGGGAAAAGAAAAGGGAGAGAAAAGAAAAUCUAAUGCUAAAACAAAAAAAAUAGAAGGCAUGAGGGAGAGUGAGUCGUCCUGGAGAGAUGGGUGCAGCUGGUGAUGGGGUUUUAUCUCUCCGGGGCUGCCACGCUUUACUGUACAAACUGUCUCUGUUAAGAUCGGACUGAAGCUUAAAGGACAGUGCUGCGGCUCUCCCCCACUUUUUCAGGGGGACCCAAACAUUCUGAUAUCAUCGCUCUCCGUUUUUUAAUCACCUGAUUGUUGCUCGAAACGAGUGGAAGCUGAAGAAACCUGCAUGCAUUCACACCGGCCUCAGGAGACUUUAAGUUUUUUUUUCUUUUUUUUUUUGUUCUGUUCGUGAGGUUGCUCGUUGAUGCUCAUUAAUGGUUUUUACGCUUCAUUCCACACCGUUUUUUUUUUGUUGUUUUUUUUCUUGUGUAAGAACUGUGGAAUAUGUAUGAUAACACGCUUCGGCUUUGCCAACUCACUUACUCCUCGCUAACGACACCGCAGCCUUUUCCUGAUGGCAGAUAGACAAAGGAAAUGAUUUGAAGCAGACAAACAAAGGUAGGUUAGGCCCAGAAGACCAGCAUCCACUUUUACUUCAUCAGCUUCUUUCUUGACCCCGGUCUCGCUCUUGCUUCUUCUUCUUCUCAGUCACUGUCCAUGUCGAUGGUAUCCUUUGGAUUGUGCAGGCAAUGUAUUGUCCUUUUAUACUCAGUGAAGUCCUAACAGCUGACUAGCUAGCUAGCUCCAGUCUGCCUGUCAGUUAGUGAUCGUGCCUAUCGGUUAGAGAUUGUGGGUUACUGCAUUGUCUCGUACGCGUUGUCUCAAGUAUCCGUUUCUGUCCAUGCAGUCUUUUACAAAUCACACUUUGGAAAAGAAAGAAAAAAGAUCCUCGUCUUGUAUGUAUAUUUUUUAUGAUUGUUAUUUUUAUAAAUGUAUCACACACUGCCAGUGCUGCAGUGCUUUUGAAUCUGUGAUCGGGCUUCAGAGGAUAUGUUCUCAAUAGCUUUUUUGCUAUAUUAUGUUAUGUGUCCAAUGGGUCAAAAGGUUAAAGAUGUUUUCAUCAAUAAAAAUCUUGAAAACCAGA